AUGUUCGACUUGAUGGCAGACGCGUGUGCCGCUUACAUGGAGGACAGCGAACCGACAAAAGCCAGGAUUGAAAAAAACACGGAGGGCGAAGGGAGGGAGAGGAAGGGAAGAACCUCCCAAUGUCCUAAAGAGCGGUGUGUGCGCCCAAAAAAUAACUUGGCGCAGGGUGACAAAGAAUUCAAGGAACACAAACAGCGGGUGAUGUCGAACCUUUCAAGCAACAUGUGCGACCAUAGUCCAAAAGGUGGGGUUGAUCGUAAGUGCCUAAAAGUGAUGGAGUUACUAAACAAUCACCAAGAUUAUGUCACAGUCAGCAGUUGUAGUGGUCGCAUCGCCCUCUUCCAUAGCACCCCCAUCCUGGAGACACUUCAUGAUUCUGUGAAUGGCAGCUCCAGUACAAAAAGCGCAGCGGUUGUGGGGAAGCGGGGGAGCAAAGAUGCCUUGGGGUGGCUUGUGGUUAAACAUGGUGAGCUAACGGAGGAAGAGAUAAACCAAAUUGUGAAAGGUCUCUGCGGAGACGAGGCCGAGGAUAGUUCCAACACCCACAGCUCACCACAGGUGCGUGAGGUGGCGGAAAGAAAGUUCAACGGAGAUGAGGAUGAGUUGGACGGUGUUUGGAUGCAAACUGGGGUCCUGGCACCAAUUCCACUUCCCUCGUUUGGCACUGUUACACUUAAGAUGGAACCUUUCGUGAUGCAUGUGGCGUGCCGAACGAUGGAGAGCGGGAAGCGGUUACUGACAGCUGCAGCAACCGAAGCCGGUUUCCGAAACAGUGGGGUGACGCCACCGGGGAAGCGAGUCGUUUGCGCCAUCCGAAAUGCAACGGGGGUUGGGUUGGAUAUACCUCUGGUUGUUGACGGGGUGAACUAUGCACGAGGUCAGCAUUCCUAUGUGCGUCGUUUGCUGUUGUUGGCAAACGAAAAGAUGCGCAACAACGAUUUGAGACGGCACAGGUUGGAGGUGGGGGUUGCUGCGUUCCUCGAGAGAGGGCAUGAAACACCGCAGUGUAGUCAUGAGGAGCGUAUGCGGCUGCCACCACCGUGUGUUCUCGGCAAACACCCCGAUGCGUAG